AAAUGCCACUUUUUACUUGACCAAGUCUACACCCAUCCGUUCGUGGGUUUUUGCUCGUAGCACAAGAUGAAGUUCUCAUCUCCCUUUGCCUCUCUGUUGGUCCUUGUUUCUAUUACUGCUGUAUCACCCGCGCCUAGUAAUGGUCGUGGUGAAGGUGUCGUUCGGUUUCCUCUUACCCGCAAGAGCACUGGCAUUGCUGGGCAUGCUGAUCUGAGUGCCCUCACGACACAGCUCACUCGCGUCUCAAACAAAUAUCGGCAGACAUUUGCUGCAUUCGAAGCUAACACUGGUUCUGCUCAUCCUUUGAGUGGGAGGAUGAUGUCUUCUAUAAGCAAGCGUGACGGCAGUGCUGUUCUGCUCACCAACCAGGGAACCGACCUAUGGUAUGGCGAAAUCGACGUGGGCACCCCCAAACAAAAGUUUACCGUUUCUAUCGACACUGGAAGCACGGACCUUUUCCUUCCGUCUGAUUCCUGUGUUUUAACUUGCCAAGGUCACGCGAUGUAUUAUGCUGACAAGUCUUCUACGGCUAAGGACCAAAAGAAUUUAGUCGCACUCACGUACGGUCAAGGUCAAGUGAUAGGAGAUGAAUACACCGAUGACGUGUUCAUCGGCGGUUAUGAGGCCCCCAACCAAGCCUUCCUCGAUGCCUUCCAAUACUCCUCCGAUUUCUCGAACACAAACUUCAAGCCUGAUGGUCUUGCCGGUUUUGCUUUCGAGGAAAUAUCUGUUCUUAAGGCACCGUCAAUUUUUGAGACUAUAAGUAACAGUGGCGUGCUCGUCGAAAAUGUUUUCAGUGUCAAACUAUCCUCUACGUCUGGGGAGAGCGAGCUCUAUAUCGGGGGGACGAACACUGAUCUCUAUGUCAAAAACACUUUAACCUACACGCCCGUCACCACGCAAGGGUACUGGCAAGUGAAUCUAGGGGCAAUCUCGCGAGAUGGUUCUACGGUUGCCAGUAACGCUGCAUCUAUUAUCGACACCGGGACCACACUUAUCAUCGCGAGUGACGCUGCAGCAGAGGCAUACUACAAGAAUAUUCCUGGCUCGAGCAACAGCACAGAGGGGGAAGCAACAUAUUAUACCAUUCCGUGUGAGACUAUUGGGUCAUACACUCCAACACUCACAUUCGGUGGGCGCGAUUUCACCGUUUCGAAGGAGACGUUCAAUCUUGGUCCAGAGAGCAGUGGUUCAAGCGACUGUACGGCAGGCAUUGCUGGGAUGUCCAGUGUUGAUUUUUGGGUUGUUGGGGGUGUUUUCCUGCAGAAUGUUUACGCAGUAUUCGACAAGGAAAACCUUCAGGUGGGCUUUGCUGAACUGGCAUGAUCUUCAACGGCUUCUUGGUCCUCUGGGUUCAGUUGCGGAUUUCUUACUAUAAGGACUCAUGCAUGAACAUCCUUGUUUUCGAUUGCCAGUUUGAUACCUUUGUAUUUUAUAUACCCCUUACUUUUCUCUGGGAUUCACAUUGACUCUGUACGUAUAUGUCUCCUGGUCUCGACCAGACUGCCGCUUGGCUUCUGUAACAGGGAAUACAAUGCAAGGAAUAUGUUCAUGGUGGCG